AUGUCCUACCCAGGGCCAAGCAAGCGCCCGUCAUCGUCCAACACCAACGAUGCCGACAGCAGGAAACGGCCCCGCAAGGACGAAGACAACGAGCCCGGUCCUUCCACAGACAGGGGGGAGCCCAAGGCCAAGCCCACGCGCGGCGCGAGAGCAUGCACCGUCUGCCGCCGUCUCAAGAUGAAGUGCGUAGGCGCGGAGCAAGGCCCCCCUUGCAAGCGCUGUCUCUCGGGCAACCACGAGUGCAUAUUCGAAGAGUCCAAUCGCGGAAAACGCUCGUCGAAAAAACACGAACUCCUCACGCGUUCGCUUCGCAAGAUGGAGCGCACCCUCGACACCGUCCUCCGCUCCAUAGGCAACCCCAGCAUCGCGUCCGGCAUGGUCUCCCGGUCUCCCUCCCCGUCGGCCCAGCUUGCCGGUACACAGGCUCUGCUCUCACAAGACGAUCCAUCGACGUUGCCCUCCCCCGCCUACCAGCCAUCUCGCUUUCAACAGCCUGGCUCGCCCAAGCUGCACUCGCUCCCGGACAACAGUCUCAAUCCCUUGGGCUUGUUGGCCGAGGCCAGCCUCGCGAAUCGUCGCGCGCAGGCCUUGACCAAGACGGGCCGACCCUUGACCUCCCCCACCACUCAAUCUGCAGCCUCCAAAGCUAUGGGCGUCGCCAGUGACUCUUACUUUAAACCAGGCCCGAUGACCAUCUUGCCGUUACGGCGCUUGUUCAUCGAGCGUCAGAUCCAGCCGGAGAUGCUUAGCUUCGUUUCGACGGAUGAGGUAGUCGCCCUGUUUGACAUCUAUUUCACUCACAUGAGCAUGCACUGUAACCUGCUGGACCCCGACUUCCACAGUCCUGCGUUGGUGUGCUCGCGAUCGCCCUUCUUAUUAACCACUAUCUGCGCGAUCUCCUCCAAGCACUACACCGCCCGCCCCGAGCUCCAUGCCAAGCUGACGGACCUGUCGAAGAAGCUGGCCUUCAGCGUGCCGGCGCAAGGGUACAAGUCCGUCGAGAUCGUCCAGGCUUAUCUCUUGCUCGUUCUCUGGGGGUGCGGUCCUGUCGAGCGGUACGAGCAAGAUAAGACGUGGUUCCUCCUAGGCAUGGCCAUCCGGAUGGCGACGGACUUGAACCUGCACCGGAAGACCGCGACGAUGAGCCCGGAAACCGAGGAGGGCAAAGCACGCGAUAGGGAGGUGCACAAUCGCGAGCGCACCUGGCUGCUCUGCUUCUCCCUCGAUCGAAGCGUGGGGGCCCAGAUGGGGAAGCCCUUUUCCAUCAAAGAAGACUCCAUCAUCCGCAACGCCUUGCAGUGGCUGCAGACUCCCCUUGCGUCGAGGCACGACUUUGCGUUGGCAGCUUAUGUGGAACUGCAACGCAUCAUGUCUCGAAGCCUCGAGUCGCUCUAUUCGGGGUCAGAAACCCCUUCGGGGCUGCUGAUGGACUGCGAUUAUCUGCUCGUUAUCAAGACGAUGGACCGGCAAAUCGAAACCUGGUUCUCGCAAGUUUCGGAAGGGAACCUCGACGGGUUCAAUGACGCGUCUGCACAAUACUCGCGACUCAUGUCUAUCUUCUACGCGAAUUACGCUAUGCUCGUCAUCAACUCCUUCGGGCUGCAGGACGCCCUGGAGCGCACGCCGGUCAACAUCUCGCACUUCUUCGCGCGCGUCCACACGUCCGCGAAGACCUGCGCGCUUCUCAUGCGGGACGAGCUGGGGCCCCAGGGCUUCCUUAAAUACUCGCCAGACUCGCACUUCGUGUUCGGCUCGUACGCCGUGCUGAGCUUACUCAAGCUUAUCCGGCCAGAGUUCCCCGCGUCACACGACACGGAGCAGGAGACGCUCGGGCUGGUGAAGGACGUCGCGGACACGUUCGACAGCGUCUCCGUCGGGUCGUUGCACACGCCGUCGCUCUACAGCGUCUUUUUGCGCGCGCUGCUCUCCGCCAAGGCCGAGCCGCCCGCGGCCGCCGAGCACGGUGGCAACGUCGCCGACGUGCACCUCCAGGGCGGCGGCGGGCAGGGCGCGUCUGGGUUCGGCGGCGGCGGCGCCGGGGGCGACGGGAGCCUUACCAACGGGAUCAACACGCCGCACGUCGUGCAGCACGAGCCGUCGUUCAUGCUGUCCGAGUUCCAGUUCGCGAGCGAGAUGGGCCCCGUGGCGGACCUGUCGACGUUCCCGCCGACGAUGGCCGCGAGCCGCCCCGGCGAGGAUAAUAUGGGGAUGCUCUCGAUCGACAAUAUCCUGAGCGGCGGAUUCUGGGACAACGUCCUCGUGCCCGGUGAGUGGUAUUCGAACCCCAUGGAGGGCCUCAGCGGGGGCUUCGUGUACGGCGCGGGCGGCAGCGGGUUCAUCACGCCGCAUUUUGGCGGGACGCCUGCGGUGUCGGGGCAGAAUAGCCCGAUGCGCGGGGGGCAGGCGGUGGACGACGGCGCGCAUCGUAGCCUGAGCGCGUCCUUUCACUCGCCGUGA